GUUGCCAGGGGCAACCUUGCAAACUCAGGUGAGCUGCCGUCUCAAUCCUUUCAAUUCCACAAAAAAAUAGCAAAGUAUAAACCCAAGUAUGGCUUCCAGCUCAUUACGAAAGGAAUGGCUGAGUAAUUAAUAUAUGUUUUAAGAAGCAGAUUGCUCCCUUGCCCAAUGCCAGUUCAUUCUGAAUGACUAAAGACUGCUCCAUUCCAUCAUGGGUGAAGUUCGUGUUGUACCCAGUGGAAAAGUCUACAGGCAAAUCUUUGAUGCUGAGGUUCAACUUGUCCGUAAAUUGGGUGAAGCAAGAAGAAAAUCCCAGCACCAUGGACUUCCCUUUGACGGUGGGGGAAUUCCCAUUGUUCGCAACUUGGACACAUCGACAGGACAAGUUAUCUCACAUCGUCAGCGUACAUGGAUGGAAGGAUUAUUAAACGAUGGUUUCACUGAAAAUCCGGUGCUACACAGAGAUGCAGUCCUCUCAGCCAUUAAACCUAAAGAGGUUGUCGAGCUGAGCAAUGCAGUGAUGGAGGUGAAAGGUCUUCCUGAUGCAGUGGUUCCUAAAAAGAUAGGUUCUAGCAUAAUUCAGCAGCUGACUGUUAGUAAGCAGCAAAGACAUGAGACAACAGUAAUGAAGUUGGAAGAAGAACUGGCCACCAUCAGUGAGGAAUUGGAAAUGCGCUUUAUUGAAGCUGCAGAACACCUAAUGCAGGAAAUGGAGGUGUCUUACCAAACCGUUCAGGAACUGUGGUUAAAGACAGAACAUGUCAGCGAUAGGUCUAUGUCAACAUUUGAGAAUCUGCAAGAAUUGUGGGAGGCUAUUGUGAGCCAGUCACUGCAUAGGAGGAAAUUGAUCAAAGAACUUGAUCGAACUUACAAAGAGUAUGAAAAAGAAAGAGUGAAGCGGAUAACAGCUGUGUUUAAGGACUGCUUGGAGGCUUUAGAUAAGAUCGCUUAUAUACCGUCAAGUGAUAUUUAUCGAUUUAUAGAUAAAGAAGCCAUGCUGGUAAACCAGGCCUUGCUGGCAAAUCAAAGAGCAAUGAGUAAACUGUAUGUAAAUCUGAUGGAGGCUGAUCUGAUGGAAGAGUUGUCAGAGCGGCAGAAGCGUAAUGCCAAAGUGCAAGAGUUGAAUCUUCUCAAGAAGAAUGACAUCAUACAGAAAUUCAAAGAUUUUUUAGCAAAGGAUUGGAGUGCUGGAUUAGCAAUGGAGAAUGAGUCAUUGAUGAAAGAACAACUAAAACUAAAUAACCAACGAAUCCAGCGUCUUGAUAAAAUUAUAAACAUGAAGCCCUGUGACUUGAAUAAAGCUUCAGUGGAUGAGUGGUAUGAUGCCAUACAAACCUUAAAUCUGGAGUUAGAUUCACUACAUAUUCAAUACACAAGUGAAUUGCAGGCAUAUUAUGAAAAACUCUAUCAUGACUGGAUGACAGAAAUUGACAGAGCUGAGGAGAUGCUUGUGAACUUAGAGGUGUGUACAAAAGAAGAGGCCAAACAGCUGAUAGUUUCUGACUUUCUUCCAAUUGUUGGUAAUUUACAACGUCUGUUUGAAAGUGAGCAGUACGCCGUAGAUAAACACAUGGAGAACUUAGCCCAGCAGAUGGACUUACAGUCUAAGGAGAUAUAUAAUGUUUGCAAGGAAGCCACUGAACUGUGGGAGGUGCAUCAAAUGAAUCUGGCUGACCAGGAACACCAGCUGAAAGAGCAGCUAGAUGACUGUCGUAAGAAACAUGAUAAAGCAAAUCAGGCAAAGGAAGCAAAUCUAGAUCUGCUUAUUGACCAACUAAGACAGAGAAACACAGAAGAGGAACUGAAGUCGGACCUUAAGAAGGCCUUUAGCCUGCUGGAUGGGAUUGUAAAAGGAUACAUGCGUUUCUACCAAAAACAGCUGAAAAUAGUUCAUAAUUACCCUUCCAUGUCAGAAAAGGAGCUGCACGAAUUCAGUACUGCUAUCAGUAAAUGUUUUGAUGUAAUUGAAAUCUAUAAACCGAAUAAGCUAAAGAUAAUUCUUGAUGCCCCCUCAAAGGUAGCCUCUCUAAUUGAAGCUACCGUUGCCCACUCCAGUGUCAGUAACAUCAUUUCUGAAGAUAUUCCAGACGCAAGUGAAGAGAGCCGAAGUAUAAGGGAAGAAGCAACAGACCAGUCAACCAUCAUUGACGAAGACAAUGGAGAAGGAGCAGAGCUUUCAGAGCAGGAACUAGGCUCUCAUAUUCCAGGUCUCAGAAUCGAAAGUAUCCACAAAUGGGAGGAAGUUGAAGGAAGUAGAAACACCAGUAUUUUGUCAGCGCUGGAGUCAUCCUUUAUUAGCCAGCAUUUAUCAGAGGAAGGGUCUAUGGAGAACACAGAGGCAUUCUUAUCCAAGUCAAAAAGCGAUAGUUUGGAAGAAACAGCAAGCAUUGGUGAAUUUGAGUAUUUCAAAACCUCCAAAGGGAACACCUACACAGUGAUUUGUGACAAUAAAAGCAAAGACUGUAAUAUGAAGAUCACACCCCUGGCAGACUACAUGAAACAUGCCUUUAUUCCUGAAACAGCAUUUCUGAAUUUAAAGAAAAAGUUAGUGGGAAACGCUUCUUUUUAUAUCAUUGUGUUGAUCCGCGUGAAUUUCUUUGAACUCCUAGAGGAUUGGUAUGAUAAAGCCAUGGAAAAUGCCAGGAUUAUUUCUGUGAUCAAGAAGAAAGAGUUUAAAGCAGAGUUGGAGCUACGAAUGCACCUGCAUAAGCCCAGAGAGAAACGCAUUAAGAUGGAUGUACUCCAUGUCAGAGCUGUGGAACUGCGCCUGCACAGGGAGAAAGUGGAGCGUCACUGUAAAGGAGUGGAUGAGGCUUUGAAAAAAAUGAAAAAAGAUUUUAAAACACUCCAAUCAGAGCACUGCAAAGCCACCUUGAACUUCCGUAACAGCAUACAUAGCAUGGAGGAAAUCUUCAAAACUGGAAAUAAAUCCGACAGGCUGGUUACUUUGCUGAACUCCCUUAAUAGCAGGCAGGGAAAAUACAUGGAUUCUGUCAACAAAUUCCUUCGCAACUUUCAGAAUAUGUUGGAUAAAUCUCUAGCACAAUUACAAGAUGGCAACAAACAAUUUAUCACAUCAUUCAGGUUAUUUGCAAAUGGUGGUAACUAUACACCACAGGAAAUUGCAGUAUACAAUCAGCAAGUGGAGCAGACAGCCACCAACAUUGCCAAGACAGAAGGGACAAUUAUGGUUGAUUUAGAAGUAAUGGAGGCUUUGUCCUUAGAACAGUCCACUGGGGUGAUCAAAGAAGUUGAAGACAAAUUUAUGCGUUACACAUUGGAUUUGAUGUUCAUUGAGAAAAUUAAGCGAUUUCUGACAAACACUCAAACAAGAAUUAAAACUGUGGUGGUCCUCAGCAACAGACAAACGCUGAAUAUAAGUUCCCACCUUGAGCAGUUUGAAAGGAAAAUAGAUGCAUGUGCCCAAUCCAAUUUGGACAAAGAGGUUGUGUUGCCUGAGGAGCUGUAUAAUUUUGCCAAAAUUAUCCGAGACCUUAUGGAGAAGAGGGCUACCUAUCUCAAGUGCUUAGUGGAACCAGCCUUAACAGAAGUUCCCCUCCAAGGCCCAAUUGCCACAGCCACUCGUGUUGAAUUUCACACACAGGAGAGAAAAGUAAAUGAGAAUCUGCUGCAGCCCACCAGAAAGGGAAAGAUUGCCACUGAAGAUGUGGCCAUUGGUGUCAUCAAAGAAAUACUACACACCCAUAAAUCAGAAGUGUUGCCUGAAGUAGAGCCUGAGACAGCUGAUGAACAAUCUACAGUUAGAGGAUUUGACUACAUCUUCCACUGGAAUGAAUGGUUCCUGAGUGUGUCAAUGAAAUGUGUCACAUUUGCUAGUCAAUUGCCCAGAAAUUUUCAAAUUAUGUCUAAUGACUUGAUGUACCGGAUAGGUUUCAACAAGAAACAGAUAAACUUUAUUACAGAGAACUUUUCAGAUGCUGCAUGCUUGAACAAGAUCCUCAACAGGAAGCCUCGUUCUCGAAUGUCAUCCUCUUCUGGUUCCCAAGUUGUGCGCUCUCCGGGUAUGUCCUCCAAAGGGCAAAAGACUGGAUCAACACCCAGUGCAGUCAAAUACUACAAGGUAAACCGUUUGGAGGCAAAGUAUCAAGUUUUUGACGAACCAGCAGAAGUACCUGACCAUUUUAAAGGAAUCAUAAAAUUCAUUUUGUGGGAGAACACUAAUGCUUUACUGGCAGUUGCUGAGGACUUUUACAAAAAGAAGGACCGACAUCCAAUCUACAGAUCUGAAUACCUGAAGGACACUUUUGAACAAUGUGCAGAUGAUCUGACUCAGAAGAUGCUAUCGUAUCAAGCUCAGGCUGAUGUCUAUCACAGUAACUGUCUGCAAGAGUUCAGAGAGCAGUUGAAGGUGUUUGAGGAGUUGGUCUCCUCUGUACCUCCUUUCCUAAUCAACAAUAUUCUCAAGCAACACAUGGAUUUUAUCACAAAGGCCUUGGCAGAAAAACGCUCCACAUUCAGGAAGAAACUACAGCAACUAGAGAACGCUAAGACUGAAAACAAACGCAGGUUGCGCCCAAUUUUGGGUCAUCCCAAUAACCUGGAGAUGCUGCUGAGCCUGUGCAAAGAGGAGGAAGAAAGGCAGGAUGCUGAGGCUGCAGCGAUCAAUAGCAAUGCAGAGAACCAGAAGAAAUGUAUGCUUGAACAUGCCAAGGGCUUUGUGGCUGCACUCUCUUCCAUCUCUGAACGGCUCCUCUUGGAAUUUGACAACUUCCUCACUGUUGAUAAUGUCCAUACUGCCCAACCAGAAGCAGCAAGUGAAACAACUCGACAGAAACGAACUGGAGCCCAACUGCAAGAGAAGGAAAGUAGUUCCAGCAUCAAGAUUCUCCGCGAAAGCAGAAUUUGGCCAGGAAUUCCUGCUGAUGAACUUUCACACAUGUGUCUGGAGAAUAUCGUCAAGGGAACUGCAUCCACGGCAACCUUGUCUAUGGAAACUGCGGCUGUGACGACUGCUAAGACAGUGCUGGCUGAUCUGGCUACAGCUGAGUCAAGGGACUCUGCUUAUAAGACGUACAAGGAGCACUUUCUGCAGGAGAUAUCACAGAUAGAACGUGAGACAAAUGGACUGCUGAUUAAUGCCCAACGCUGGCAGGAUGGCUGGAGAGAUUCUGUGGUGAAUAUAAAGAAACUGUAUACGCUGGUCCGACCACCUUGUAUUAUGCCUAGCCCCGUGCUCGAUACUUAA